GAAGCAACACGCAGAAAAAGUACUUAUUGUCAAACUGUUUGGAGGAAAUAAAAAUUCGAAAUUGCAGUAUUUUAAAUAUUAGACUGGGCGGGUUUACACAGAACGAGGGCUGCAAACAAAACAAACAGGGAUGCAAGUCGGACGCAACAAGAUUAUGACAUUUUCGCUUGUCAAAAAUUUUUGUCGUCCGCUCGCCCGAUCUAAGCCUGUUAUUGUAAUUAAUAAAAAUUUUUGUAUAUUCUGAGAAUGUUUUCUGCCAACACACACUCUGUGCCCUACCUUUAUCUGGGUAAUUUUAGUAGAAAACCGCACUAUUACACCGUUAAGCGAACCAAACUGCAGACAAAUGGCAGUGUUCCGCGUUUCUUUGCCGACAAAUCAAAGUCCUCCAGCUCCAGCAGCAGCAGUAGCAUCAACAGUAAUACGCCGGCGCAGGGUAAACGCCACGACCUCGUGCUGGAUUUCAAGAAUCUGCUCAUCAAGUCGGGCGCCAGCUUGCAGAGCAUUGUGGAGAAGGCAGCUCGACUGAAUGGAAUCUUGGACAGGGAGCUCGUAAAUGAUGCACUCAUCAAGGUGACAAGCAUGCUGCCCUCAAUGCGCAACAUCCAUGUCACACUGGAGGAACCAGCAACACACAGUGCUCGUGGCAAGCAACAAAAUUACAAGUUUGAAGUCUCACUGAACUCCCCGCAAAAUAUUGGAAGCAUAUAUCCAACUGUCAUGAGAGGCCUGCUGAACCCGCUUUUAACGACCCAUCAGCUUAGACAGCUGCGGGACUUCAAGACAGACCGUUCCAUAGAGGCGGAACAGAAACGCAAUCCCACAAUGACAACCAGACUGAAGUCUGCACUCCAAGGAGCCCCACAUAGACCAGAUGGGGAGCUUAACAUUCAGGCCGAGAAGCUUAAAAAACUACUCAGCAAAUCUGGCGAGCAGGGAAACGCUCAAAGUGCGGAAAACUUAAAAAUUGCCUUUGCCGAGGGCUAUUUGGCUGCAUCGAAUGCGGAAGAUUCGCAGAAAUCUGGAAAAACAAUGAAGUAUCUGAAGAUUUUCCAGACACUCAUUGUUAUCGUCGUUUUCAUUGGAAUCUUCAUGAGCUUCUUUACCUCUUCGAAUGGAUCCGUUUUCCGCAGCAUACAACUGGGCAGUCAGGUUGAAGUCGAUCCGGAGGAGAUACACGUUACAUUCGAUGAUGUUAAGGGCUGUGAUGAGGCCAAGCAGGAGCUCAAAGAGGUGGUUGAGUUUCUCAAGAAUCCCGACAAAUUUUCGAAUUUGGGUGGUAAGCUGCCAAAGGGUGUGCUCCUCGUUGGCCCGCCUGGCACCGGAAAAACCUUGCUGGCCCGCGCUGUUGCUGGCGAGGCAAGCGUUCCAUUCUUCCAUGCCGCUGGCCCUGAGUUCGAUGAAGUCCUGGUGGGCCAGGGAGCCAGACGUGUCAGAGAUCUGUUUAAGGCAGCCAAGGCACGUGCUCCCUGUGUCAUAUUCAUUGACGAGAUCGAUUCGGUUGGCGCCAAACGUACAAACUCUGUACUCCAUCCAUAUGCUAAUCAGACCAUAAAUCAAUUGCUUUCCGAAAUGGAUGGCUUCCAUCAGAAUGCCGGUGUCAUAGUGCUUGGUGCAACGAAUCGUCGCGAUGAUUUGGAUCAAGCAUUACUUCGUCCUGGUCGCUUUGAUGUUGAGGUUGUGGUGUCUACUCCCGAUUUUACUGGUCGUAAGGAAAUUCUGUCGUUGUAUUUGGAAAAGAUUCUACAUGAUGACGUGGACUUAGAUAUGUUAGCACGUGGCACUUCGGGCUUUACUGGCGCGGAUUUGGAGAAUAUGAUUAACCAAGCUGCUCUGAGAGCUGCCAUCGACGGAGCGGAGACUGUGAAUAUGAAACAUUUGGAAACGGCACGUGACAAAGUACUUAUGGGUCCGGAGCGUAAGGCGCGUCUGCCCGACGAAGAGGCAAAUACAAUAACAGCAUACCAUGAGGGAGGCCAUGCGAUUGUGGCCUUCUACACAAAGGAAUCGCAUCCUUUGCAUAAGGUUACAAUAAUGCCGCGUGGACCCUCACUGGGACACACAGCCUACAUACCAGAGAAAGAGCGCUACCAUGUCACAAAGGCCCAACUGCUGGCAAUGAUAGACACAAUGAUGGGCGGUCGUGCCGCCGAGGAGAUCAUCUUUGGCACCGAGAAAAUCACGUCUGGCGCAAGCAGCGAUCUGAAGCAGGCCACGUCAAUUGCCACGCAUAUGGUUAAGGAUUGGGGCAUGUCGGAGAAGGUCGGUCUCCGAACAAUUGAAUCAGCAAAGGGCCUGGGGUCCGGUGAAACUUUGGGACCAAACACUGUGGAAGCCGUGGAUGCCGAGAUCAAGCGAAUUCUGAGUGACAGUUAUGAGCGUGCGAAGGCCAUUCUCAAGAAGCACACAAAGGAACACAAGGCGCUGGCAGAGGCACUGCUAAAAUACGAGACUCUGGAUGCUGAUGAUAUCAAGGCAAUAUUAAAUGAUAACCAGUAGUAUUUGUUUUCUGAUUGGCUUCAGUUUAACGUGCACUGCAUAUAAGUACAUAUAAUUACAUAUAUUUUAGUUACAAUAUAAACGUAAACACUCUGAAAAA